CGUGGCCGCCAGCCCCUCCACGUGCCGGCCGACCCCUCAAAACGCCCGCCGCGCCGGGCUCGCACCAAACACCCCCGAGGCCAACCAUUUCCGACGCAAAACCCCCAGGAAUCCGUGACACCCGCCCGGAGGAGAGCAGAGCAGAGGCACCAGGCAUGGACGCCGCGGUGGAGCUGGUGCUGGAGCAGAAGCCGGCGGUGAGGUACUGGGGCUUGGCCGGCGCGCGGCCCUGCGACGCGUGCACCGCGGAGGCGGCGCGGCUGCACUGCCGCGCGGACGGCGCCUUCCUGUGCCCCGGGUGCGACGCCCGCGCGCACGGCGCCGGGUCGCGCCACGCGCGCGUCUGGCUCUGCGAGGUCUGCGAGCACGCCCCCGCCGCCGUCACGUGCCGCGCCGACGCCGCCGCGCUCUGCGCGGCCUGCGACGCCGACAUCCACUCGGCCAACCCGCUCGCGCGCCGCCACGAGCGGCUCCCCGUCGCGCCCUUCUUCGGCGCGCUCGCCGACGCGCCGCAGCCGUUCCCGUCCUCAGCCUUCGCCGCCGCGGGGGUCCAGGCCCAGGGGGACGCGGCGGCGGACGACGACGGGAGCAACGAGGCCGAGGCCGCCUCGUGGCUCCUCCCCGAGCCCGACAACAGCCACGAGGACAGCGCCGCCGCCACCGACGCCUUCUUCGCUGACUCCGACGCGUACCUCGGCGUCGACCUCGACUUCGCCCGGUCCAUGGACGGCAUCAAGGCCAUCGGCGUGCCGGUCGCGCCGCCGGAGCUGGACAUGGCCACCGGCGGUUACUACUACCCCGAACACUCCAUGAACCACAGCGUGUCGUCGUCGGAGGUGGCGGUUGUGCCGGACGCGCCGGCGGUGCCGGCGGCGAGCCGGGGGAAGGAGCGGGAGGCGCGGCUGAUGCGGUACCGCGAGAAGCGCAAGAACCGGCGGUUCGACAAGACCAUCCGGUACGCGUCCCGCAAGGCGUACGCCGAGACGCGGCCGCGCAUCAAGGGCCGCUUCGCCAAGCGCUGCUCCUCCGCGGAGGCCGAGGCCGAGGCCGAGGACGAGGCGCUGCUGGAGCACGAGGAAGCGGCGUGCUUCUCGCCCGCGGCGUCGGCGCCCGCGGCCUCCUCGGACGGCGUCGUCCCGUCCUUCUGCUGAGGGGACACGACGGGCGGCGGCCGCGCCUCCUCCUCCUCCCAGGCUCCCCGGCGGCGACCCCUUAAUUUUGCCGACUCUGAAUCGAUCCCAACGCAUGCGAACAUGCGAUGCGAUGCGCGCUCCGUGCAGCACAUGAAUAAUUGUACAGUAGUUCCACGAACUCGAUCGUGGUCGCACGGAAUCGCAUGUAAUCCUCCUCACCGUCCUUGUAAUCCAGCCUUGUACAUUACCGUCUAGAGGUGUUUGUGCUUCUCUCGCACGGGUGCAUCCAUUCUCAGCAUCUGCGACCUGAAAACCGAGCUGUUCAUGCGUCAGUUGUGUGACAACCUGACCUCUCAGAAAGAUUGCUCCGUGAUGUUCACAAGCGGUA